AUGGAUUCCCACGAAACUUCGAAAAAGGCUUUAGCUGAAAGUAACAGUCCUACUACUUCAGGCUCGAGUCCAACACCUGCUCAACCUUCUUCUCCAACUCCUUCUAAUGCAUCUACGGGCAGUACCAAAAAAGAUAAAGAUGCUUCUACCUCUAGUACUCCAGCGAGUAGUAACGGAUCAACAAGUGGAAAAUCAUCAAAAAAUGUACCUAGUUCUACUCCUGCAAUAAACAUUUUUUCAAAUGAUGGAAGUUUUCUGGAUCGUUUUAAAAAAAUGAAAGCUGAGGAAGAUGAAAAAAAGAAACAGCUUGGGGCUUUGGAAAGAAAAAAGGCUUUUGAAGAUCGUAUUAAAAACCGAGGAAAACGCAAGAAUCAACCUACGGACGAAGAACCGGAUCCAAAGCGCGUCACGUUAGAAGAUAAUGAACGUGAUGAUUCUGGUCAUGUACGUCCGUUAGUUAAAUAA